AGCAUUUUAGCACCAUAGAACUACAAUAUGGACAACUGCAAUCAUAGCAACACCACUUGCUCUCCUUACUGUGACACAAAACAAUGGAUACUCGUACUUCAGAGCAUUUAUCUUGCAGCAAUAAUAUUGGCCAGUAGUAUUGGGAACCUGACAAUACUAGGACUAGUAAUGAAAUGCAAAGACUUGCAAUAUCGAUCGAUGAUUGUCAGUAUGUCUGUCGUUGUCAGUGAUCAGCUAAUCAUCAUCUUUUUCCAUAUCCCUGCCUUGAUUUCUGUUUCCAGUGGAGACUGGCAGUUUGGAGAAACAGCCUGCCAAAUUUUUGGGGUCAUCGGUUUUUAUCUUAUUUCUACUCGCUGGAUGUCUAUGGCAGUAUUAUCACUAGAUCGAUUCUCUCUCAUGCUGUUUCCCUUUCGCUAUCCCAAGUGGAGUAAACCAUAUUUAAUCAUCCUCACAACGACAGCCUGGGUACUACCAGUCCUUAUGCUAUUUCCCACAUUCUUUGGUGUGGGUGAAUACACAUUCAGGGCUGGGUUUUCUCAAUGUAUCAUAAACUGCUCUGACAACAGGACAUGCUUUGGACUAUAUGUCAGUAUAUAUACAUCACAAAUUAUAUUAGGAGCUAUUGUACCAUGUAGCCUGUACACAAUAAUGUACUGUAUCAGCCGAAACAAAAGGAGAAUGAUACAAAUGGGAUCUCAUCCAAACUUGAGAAUAUCAUCACCAGACUCAGGAUGGUCUAGCAGAGAUAAGCGUUCACUUACUACAUUUGUAUCAAUCCUUAUUACUUUAUUAUUGGGAAAUUUGCCAGUAUACUUUCUAGCAGUAACAAGACAAACCCUGGCAGGUACUCACAUGUCAAUACCAGUUUAUGGUCACAUGAUCAUCAUUGAUUGCUUCUAUGCUACUACUCUUCUCAAUCCAUUGCUAAUCAUUCGAAACAGAGACAUUUCUCAAGCAAUUCGGCGGAUCUUCAAUCGAUCCCGAUCUUUAUCAAGAAGGACUGCUAGCAUCUCAACAUUGAGACGAUCAUCAAUUGCACAGCCUAUUAAGAUACAUCUACCAACAGACAACACUGAUGACUGAAUUAAUUAUUAUAAAUAAUAACGUUAUUGUGUGGUCAUAAAUGUAGUAGCAUGUUCUUUUUUGUAAUAUAUGUUUUUUUCUCAAAAAGUUUACAAUAUUUUUAACAUAAAAACAAAGACUUAUUUAAACUGCUACCAGGAACAAGGACUACCAUAACAGUUAAAGUGUAAACUAAUGCCACAUUGUUGUGUCUAAUGCUUAAUGAAGUUACUAUAAAAUAAGAAAGCAUCAAGAAAUUUAAGUAUAAUGAUCACAAAUUUGAAGUGAAAAAAUUAAUUCGUAAUGAUGUAAAUCCUUAAAACCAUAAAUAAAAAAUGUGCAACAAUAGCAUGUUUAUACUGACUCGGACCAAAUACACAAAAUAGCAUUAACCUAAUACCUUGUAAUAUUACAAGUAAAUGACAUUUGAGUGACUGGUUACAAUGUACACAUCAUUGUCACUAAAAUAAUUUGAUCACGAGUAAACAACACUCCUCCUGCCUCCGAAGAUCAAUAUUGGGAUAUUGAUAGCAGAAUAAUCAUUCUUUAAGUUUCACCAAUGCACUCAAUAGUGUGUAAUGAGAUAUGGAAUAAGCCUAUUAUACUCGGCUCCAAUGACACAUAGGAAUUACUUAAAUCCCAAUAUAUCCUUUUCAUAAUCAUGUCAACGAAGGAAGGCAUUCAUAUAAAAAGCGAACACACCCAAGUAUGGUAUUAAAUAGGUGUUUAUACAUGUACAUGUAUGCACCCACAAACAAAACUGGCUGAUAGUCUACCUACUGUACAUGUUCAAAAUGACUAUUAUCACUUUAUAAUAUAUCACAUCCUAGUUUUACAACUUGCUUUUGCACACAUGUAUAAUAAUACACAGAUGCAUGAUCCUGCGUACAACACUAUGUCAUUAAAGUAAUUUAUUACAAAAGAGACUGUGUCAUAUUGGUAUUUAUGCCAUUCAAUCAGGGAAUUCAUACAUACAUACUCUAACAUGUGCAUC